GCCCAUGGUGCGCCAAGGUGUCUUGCUAUUGCAUAUAUCGUUUAUUUCGCCUCUCUCCCUUUGCCGUGCACCCCUCUUGCGAGCAACAGCGCCACUGCUGCCAGCCGUUUGCCAACGGCAACCCCGCACCGCUAAGAUACCGUAACAACUAAACUUACUGUGAAAACUUGAGCUCCUAUUCACCUACGUCUUGUCGGCUAUAUAAUUGACUCCAACAGUUGACACUUUUUUUUUUCCUCUUACAUUCGCCAUUUUUUUCCUUUUCUUGAAUUUUGUGAUUUGUUCGGCUGUUGCAUUGCACUAAUUCCGGGGGAAUUUCAUCCACCGGAGGAGAGUUCGGCUGAUAGUGAUUGUUCAGUUUAAUUAACGUGCUCUCGGCAAACAAAUCGGUAAAAGUGAAUUUUCAGUGUCUCUUAGUGAAACAGCCGAUGAAUUAUUCCAUGUUUCGUUGCUCGUUGGUAAAUAUGUUGAUGAUUGUGCACUAAGUUCAACAAUACUCUUGGAUUAUUGUUGUGGAAAUAGUUUCAACGCAAGUGUUUUCUACCUAAAAGUGACAGUUAAAACGCCAGACCGAAUAGCCCCAUUCAAGGAUUCAAUCACCGGAUAGGUCUGCACAGACGUAAUCACUACUGUGGCGGUACCUGUCGCAAUGUGGCCGAAUAGCCUCAGUGGAGCCGCUGGUUGUGGCGGUAGUACUGGAGCUGAUCUUGGUGGUUUAACAGCAGCAUCAACAACAUCACCCACUGAUUUAUUCGGCCCGGCGGGAUUUGGCGCAUCCGCCGCAAAUCCAUACGGUGCUCUCAAAUCAUCCCCUUAUGUCGGGGCACUCGGCAUGCCACCCAUCGAAGCACUGCACGGAACCAUCGGCUAUCCCGGCUGUACUCCCGCCGGUGAGUCCUACUACUGUAAUCCGAGGAAACAGAGAAGAGAGCGGACGACUUUUAGUAGGGCACAGCUCGAUAUACUUGAAGGGCUUUUCUCCAAGACUCGCUAUCCGGAUAUAUUCAUGAGGGAGGAAGUCGCGGUGAAGAUUAAUUUACCUGAAUCCAGAGUACAGGUCUGGUUUAAGAAUCGUCGUGCAAAGUGCAGACAACAGCAGAAACAGCAGCAACAAGCCCAGGAGAAAGCCCCGCGAUCUAAAAAACCGUCUGGAAAUCCAGUGAGCAAUCCUACAGCUGGCAAAAGUCCCUCGAUAGCAACCACCCCAACAUCAUCAGCGGCUGUUCCAGCAACAACGCCACUCGGUGGUACCGGAGGCUCCGCCGCAAGCUCACCUACUUUAUUGAGGGACUCUCCGCAGUAUAAACCUGCUGGUGGUGCCACCAGUCUCUUGUUCGCUGCUAGCACUACACCACCGAGUUUGGGCGGAACAGUAUACAGUAGUGGUGGUAGUAGCAGUAGUAUCUGGAGUCCAGCAAUAACGGAAAACGGCGGAACAUUCCCUGGAGAUCAUCAGAGACUUGCGUGGACAACAACAGCUUCUCAACAGCAGUGUUAUCAGAAUUAUUCGUCAUAUUAUUCUAACAUGGAGUACCUGUCGCCCGCUCCUCAUCAAUUAAAUGUAGUGGAUACUGGAGCUGGUAGUCUCGACAAUACGUGGAGCAAAACACGAGAUGAAAACACUUCAUCGUGGUUUUACAACAGCGCAGGUUGGGGAGAACGAAAGUGAACAAAACUAAUUUUUUUUUAAGAUUGUAACGUCAGGAAAAUGGCAAUGAUUUGAGGCAAUUAUGGUACAUAUCAGAGCUAGUCAAAGGGCUUCGAGUCAGCUUGAGAUUAUCUGUAAAAACAGAAUGAUUAGAGCAAAAAUUGAAAGGCUGUUUGUCUUCUUUACUCCUCAUUUGUAAAUCAUCUUCUAUUAUUUUUGGGUCAUGUCCUUCGUAUGAUCUCUAAUUGAUGUGAAAUAAUGUCCAUCUGGAGAUGGAAUUCUUCAUAGCUUAUGAUACAUAUCGAUAAUGGAACAGCUUUUUCGACGGGGGCUAUUUGUGAGAAUUAACAGAAAAGAUAGUCAAACAAACAGUGAGUGAACUACUCCUUCGAUGAACUGAACACAUCUUCCUAGACAUAUCUAUUAAUGAAGAAAUUUCUUUAUCGAUGACAGAAUCGGACCUUAAAGAUUCAUUAAUUGAAUUUAAAUAUCGAGGAACAAAUUUUUUUGUAAAUUUUAUACGCUUUCUCGAUGUAUAAUAGUUGAAAAUGAUACUUGUAACGAGAAAAUUUAAAUCAACGAUGGAUGUAAAUUUGUUCUCAUAUUUUUAUCAAUCCUUAUUGACAAUUUGUUUAUUUUAUAGAUUUGAAUUAUUAGUCAUACGUAAUAUAUCUAUAUAUCUACAUAUAUAUAUAUAUAUAUAUUACUGUACAUUCUAUAAAUAAUGAGAAUAUCACAGGUGUAUCAUGAGUAGUUAUAAUCUUGCCACAAAAUUAUAGCGCUGAUGAUCCUGAAAGUAAAGCUGCCGUUGUUGAUGUGUAGCCGUCGUUUUAAUUGGGUUCAGGAGUUGUCACGAAAUUUAAUUUGCAGUAAUGGAUGAGCGGUGGAGAGAGAUAAUUAGGCAUUUGAGAAAAUAAUGUGAGACAGCCUGUCGAUGAUGGUUCCUAAUUUCAGUUGACUUGCAAUUAUUUAAUUAUUUUUCGAUCGAAAAAUUUCACUGAAAUUUUAGCCUUUGACAGUCUUCAAGUUGUAAAAAAAAUUUUAUUCUCUCAAUUUUAAUUUUUUUUCGCAUAUAAAUGGAUGUUUUCUGUUUUUAAACAUCUUUGUUUUGUAAUUGAACCUCUCCAAAAUUAUUUUCUACAUAAAAAAAUAUUUCAAGAAAGCGGGACUCUUCUCAGCAACUACAAUUGCAUAGGAGGAUCUAAUUUUCUAGAAUUUUUUCGUGAGACAUUAUAAAAUAAAAAAUUUCCUAUCCUUCUUGGAUGCACACACCCAAUGACAUUCAUUAGUUUUGUUGAUAUAUUCUCAAACCAAAAUUUGUCGUUUCGCUGGCAAAUUAAGAGAUAAAGAUGUGGCAAAUGUGUAAAUUAAAAUACGAAAAACGUAUCGAUAUACAUAUAUAAAUAUGAAUUUGAAGCAAUGAGAAAAUUAUAUAUAUAUAUAUAUAAUAUAAAUAUUAAGGAUGUAAGUACGUGACUGUUUAGAUUGUUAUUAUAAUAAUUGAUUAAUUAAUAAUUAAUAUGAAUCAUGGGAAAUGAGGCAAAAAUACAACGACGUGAGGCAUGUCAUAAAAUGUAUGGAUUAAUACACCACUUAUGAAUUGUACAACGAAUGAAAUAACCGUCUUUAUUUAUCCUGGAAUUUUCAGUGAAUUUAUGGAGCUGUGGUGUAUGACGCCAUGUAGAUCAUGAAUGUGACGGGAACUUAUUUUGCUGUUGAAUUGGUAUUGGAAUACCAAUGUUUUUUAUGAGGGAAAAUACAGUGAAAAUGGGAAUAAGUGAAUAUUACUAUAAAAAUAAAUUUCGAUUUAAUCUGUUUUAUCCGUCCUGGUUACCACACACAAUGCUUCAGAGCUCCAUCUUGUCUCAAGUGUAUAAUUUACCGAUUGAGAUUUUCUGACUCUCAUGCGGUGUGUUGAUUCACGAUCUUUGAAUUUAAAAGAUGGCAAAUCAAAAGCUGGGCAAAUGAAUUAUUUUCAAAAUACUGAAAAUAUUUCAUUCAUCGAUUGAUUGGAUGAGUAUUGAAGAAAUUUUUUUUUAUUUGAUUAUUGACCGAGUAAAAAAUAUGUAUUUGUAGCAUGAAUAUUGGUGGCGAUAAUUGAAUCAUUGAUUAUUUCUAUAUUUUCAUUUAUUUCAGUUUUUUCGUUUCUUAUAAAUUACAUUGCGAUUAUGAUUUUAUUUAUAAUGCAGGGGGACAAACGAUGAUUAUUAAUUAACGAGGCUAAUUAAACGAAAGAAUGAUUCUCUUAUCAAAGCGCAUAAAAGUCUUUUUAAAAAAUAUAUAAUAAA